AUGUCUGUGUGGGUGUAUAGAAAAGCAGUGUUACUGUGAUCAGUAUCACUGCAUUUAUCCAUUUAGGAAUUUCACCUUUUUUUCUGGUAAGAACUGUAUGCUACUAUAGAGAGGAGGAGUUAUUACAAAGUAAGGAAGUGACAUUUUUUUUUUUGCUGACAGAGUUGUGAGAAAUGGGGAAAUCUCUGAGAGACGUGAUUCUUGGUUGUCUGGAAAAUAUGACAGAAAAAGAUUUUAAAAAGUUCAAAGCAAAGCUGAAUGACUAUGAGGUUGCAGCAAAGUACAGAAAAAUCCCCAAGGGCCCCCUGGAGAAGGCAGACGAUAUUGAUGUAACCGACCUUCUUCUCAAGUACUACACAGAUGAAUAUGCCCCUGUGGUAGUAGCAGAGGUUUUGGAUGCCAUAGAUGCAAAACAAACAAAAUGUGAGCUUCAGAAUGCUCUGAAGAAAGCUGGGUAUGGACCAUUUUAUCAAGGGCAAGCCGCGGCCUCAGAUGAAGGUCACUUUAUAGAUAAACACAGGGAGGCUCUGAUCCAAAGGAUGAGCCAAGUGGAUCCAGUUCUGGAUACUUUACUUCAGGAGCAGUUGCUGACAUCUGAGAAGUACGACAAUGUGCGCAGCAAAACCACCAGCCAACAACAGAUGCGCCAACUCUAUUGCUAUAUCAGAGAAUGGGGGAGACCUGACAAGGAAAAGCUGUACCAAGCUAUAAAGAAAUGCAACCCGCCUCUCAUUAAAGACCUGGAGAGGUCCUGAGGGGUUUAUACGCUCUUUAAUAAUAGCCAGUAGGGUUGUAUUUGGUGCAUAGAUUGUCAGCUCCUCCAGCCAGUAUCUAGUUGGUUGUCAGAGUGCCUUGUCACAAUGUAAAAUUCCAUCCAGAACCUCCAACAAGAUACUUUUUUUAUAUGUGAAAACAUUUGUCAGUAAACGUUUUUAUAUUCUUA